AAUAUUUCCUGUCUCAUUUACUUGAAGCUAAAAUUCAUUUGAAUGGAUAUAGAGUAUUAAACGUUCAAGAACACUAAAAAUUAAAAAUGAAUAUUAGAAUAUGUGCUUUUAUAUUAUUUACCAAUAUAUUACUACUACCUAUUACAGCAUACGUAAAAAACAAUUUAAAUGCAUUUUUUGAUGUCUUAUUGAGUGAUAACAGGCAAGAAAAUCGUUACAAGUCAUUAUUACAAACUGGAAUACAUGAUUUUUCAGUCGGAUUAUUUGUUGGAUCAGGUGGUCGUAUUGAUAAAAUAUCAAAUAUUCAACGAACUGGUAAUGUAAAUGUAUACCCUGGAAAACUUGAAACCUGGAUAGAAAUGACUUUCAUCGUCAAACACCUAGAUGUGAUUUGGGAUAAUUCAACUUGUUUUGGAAUUAGGUGUCACUUAUGGGCUACAAUGUUAAACAAUAAAUUUGAUGUAAAAAUGGCUGUGAGACCGAUUAACUGUCAGGUAUCAUACAAUAUCAAUUUAAACACUAUCGGCACAAUGGAAGUAAGUGUGUCAGAAUUACCAAGAUAUAUACCAAGCUUUUUUUUCAACGGAGCAUUAUACAUUGUAGAGGUAUUCUUUAAAGGACCUCUAACAGAAAGCGUCAAACAUCGAAUAAAUCAUGGAGUUAUACUGGAUUUUAUAGAUAAAAAUCAAAUAGAUCAAAUAUGCAUAGCUGUUAAUGAAACAAUUCACUCACAAAAGGUUUGAAUUUUAAAAAUAUUAUACAUUAUUAUUAAUUUA